AUGAUAAUAUGUGAAACUUCUCGCGGAGACAAAGGUUCAGAGACAAAUCUCGCGGAGACAAAGACUCGUUUAUCUAUUUUUCCUGGAUGCACAUCUUCAAUGGUGCGCCAAACAGUCUCAACACAACCAAGAUCUACAAAUAUAAAAAAAAUUUCUUUAACAUCACGAAAUGCAAUACCUGAUGAAAUGGAUGAUUUCAAUCAAAUUGAUUUAAUUAGAUUUUAUGAUGUUGAAAUAAUGUUGUCGGAAAUAAAAGAAAGAUAUCCUCAAUACUUUGCAUUCAUUGAAAAUUCAAAAGUCAUAUUGUUUGAUGUUUCUCGAUCAUGUCUACCUGAAACAACAUUUUCUGUUGAAAUCAACUGUCAUUCAUGUCACGUUAAUAUUUAUUAUAGGCAUACAAAAGUUAACUGCUAUGACCUGCUCAGUUUUUCUCAUUGUCUUACUCGGUGGUCACAGCUUAAAGCUAUUGUCAAAAGAGUUUGUACCUCUAAUCCUGAAAUAAACGAUGAGGUAUUAAGUUUGAUUAGUCAAAUUGAAAAUACAUACAGUGACACUUCUGAAGAAAUUUCUUUCCUCAUUGAACAACUAUGCCUCACCACAUUCUCCAAAUGGACUGCGCUUUUCUACUUUAUGUAUACGUCGUGCACUUGAACUGUAUUUGUCCUCAAGAUGCUGUUAUCGACAUUUAAGAAAUCUGCUUUGUUUGCCCAGUCCAAAGACUCUCAUUUCAAAAUUAGGAAGAGUUGGAGGAGUUGGAAAUGAAAAAGAGUGCAAUAAUACAAUCAAAGUUGUUUUUGAAAAUUUUAAUAGUUCUGAAAAGCGUUGCUGCCUUCUCUUUGAUGAGAUGUAUAUUAAACCAAGUGUUAGUUUCAGAGGAGAACACCUCAUUGGAUAUAGCGAGAACAAUCCCACUAAAAUUGCAAAAACGUUAUUAGUCUUUAUGAUUAAACCUAUGUUUGGUAAACCUUCUUUUGUUUGUAGAAUUGUACCAAUAUUUAAACUGUCAGUGCACUUUCUUCACGAUUUGAUUAUAAACAUAAAUAAGCAAAUAAUUGAUGCAGGAGGAGAAUUACUGUGUCUUUUAUCAGAUAAACAUCCCACAAAUCGAAG